GGAUGCGCUCUCGCCAGAAGAGGGCAUUCGGAUUCUGCCUGAAAAAGUUGCGUUGACACGCGGACGUGAUUAACCACGGCGUCAUGCGUGCAUUCCGAAACAGUGUGGAUCGAAAGCGGAUUUAGACUCCAAGGGAAACGAUGGAUUUUGGGAUAUGUGAUUGUUCCGUUUGACUCGUUUCACAGCAGGUUCGCAGAGACUUAUAGCCGGACGUUACUUUUUCCGUCUGUGUGCCAUGCGCCGAUCCGUCUGAGCACCCUCGAGGGUAGAUUCCAAGGGGCUCCACUUGGUUGAGGAAUCUGCGUGCGGCUUGACUCUUGGUGAAAAAUAACAUAUUGUUGUUUAUUUUGUGCACCAUGCAAACCAAUACGUGAAGUUUUUUGAGACACGUUUUUUGUGGAGUCUCCGUUUAAGACGGACACGGAUCAAUUGAACGCGGCUCCGUUGUUGUCUACGCCUACUGCAGUGCUCCUUUUAUGGAACUUGAAAAAAAAACUGCGAAGACGUGGAUAGGGAGUUCUGGAAACAGGAUAUUUAUUUUUAUCUCGAGUUGGAGGUAAAUGACAUUCGCCCCGUUUCGGGUGCACGGCUACAGAUGCAGAAAUAAACCGGAUAGCAAAAGCAGGUCCGUGAGAGUAAAAAAGGAAGGUGCGCUUUGGAAGUCGGCGUCUGCGCGGAGAGACCGGGCUAGUGGAUUAGGACGGUACCUGUCUGUUGAGAGCGCGUCAUGCGGACUCGAAUGUCGCGCACAAGAACCCAUUAAAACCUGUAGGCUGGAGCUGACAGAGACGCGGACAUGGGCUCUGCUUUGCGGCGGCGCUGGCUAGUGGUCCAACUCUUAAUGCAGGUGUGGCUGGCGGCAAACCCAUCUUUGAGCGAGCGCCCGUGCCCCAAGAGCUGUCGCUGUGAUGGGAAAAUUGUCUAUUGUGAGUCGAGCGCCUUUCGCGAUGUCCCCAAGAACCUCUCAGGAGGCUGUGAAGGCCUAUCUUUACGGUACAACAGCCUCGCUAGUCUUCGUGUAGGCCAGUUUCUAGGCCUCAACCACCUUAUCUGGCUCUAUCUGGACCACAAUUACAUUGCCUCUGUGGAUGGAAUGGCCUUUCAGGGGGUUCGCAGGCUGAAAGAGUUGAUAUUGAGUUCCAACAAAAUCACAUCGCUUCACAACACCACAUUCCAUCCUGUCCCCAAUUUGCGUAACCUGGACCUGUCGUACAACAAGCUGCAAGCCUUACAGCCUGGGCAGUUCCAAGGCCUACGGAAGCUUCUCAGCCUUCACAUACGCUCAAAUUCUCUAAAAACCGUCCCAGUGCGUCUGUUCCAAGAUUGCAGAAAUCUUGAGUUCCUGGAUUUUGGUUACAACCGCCUGCGCAGUAUCACUCGGAAUGCAUUUUCCGGCCUAGUCAAGCUGACUGAGCUGCAUCUAGAGCAUAACCAGUUCUCAAAGAUCAAUUUCUCCCACUUCCCUCGCCUUUACAAUCUGCGGGCACUUUACUUGCAGUGGAAUCGAAUUCGCUCAAUGAACCAGGGCCUAACCUGGACCUGGGCCUCCAUCCAGAAACUGGAUCUUUCUGGAAAUGACCUGAUGGAAGUUGAUGCAGUUGUUUACCAAUGCUUACCUAACCUGCAGACCCUCAACCUGGACUCCAACAAGCUGACCAAUGUCUCUCAGGAGGUGGUUGAUGCGUGGAUCUCUUUGACUACAAUAAGCUUAGCUGGGAAUGUAUGGGACUGUGGCCCUGCCAUCUGUCCUCUGGUGGCCUGGCUGAGAAACUUCAGAGGGGCAAAGGAGACCACAAUGAUCUGCGCCUCCCCAAAGAAAGCCCAGGGUGAAAAGGUAAUGGAUGCUGUUGAAGCUUUUGGUGUCUGUCACUCAAAUCCAGCGACAACGCUCACUGAGAGUAUCCCUCCAACCCUCGCCAGAGUCCCCGUGCAGACUGAACGCCGGCCAGCCAUCCUGGCUCUACCUACUGGUUCUGGAAAGAGAGGAGAGGGAUCUAAAGGUGGUCCGACAUCCUCAGCUGUUACCCCACCUGCGGCCCUUCCCCCAGAGCAAGACUUGGAGCCUGUGACGUUUCACAAGAUUGUGGCUGGAAGCGUCGCCCUUUUUCUAUCGGUUGCGAUGAUCCUGUUGGUAAUCUACGUGUCUUGGAAGCGCUAUCCUAGCAGUGUCAAGCAGCUGCAGGAGCAUUCGACAGCAGCUCGCAAGCGACGCAAGAAAGCUAGAGAGACGGAGCGCACUCUGAGCUCUCCACUUCAGGAGUACUAUGUGGACUACAAGCCCACCAACUCUGAGGCCAUGGAUGUCCUUGUGAAUGGCACCGGACCAUGCACCUAUACCAUCUCAGGCUCCCGAGAAUGCGAGGUUCCCCACCAGCUAGGUGCGCUGACCUUCUACCGCUACGAGCAGCCCAUCGUGGACUACUGCCAGGCCCAUCAACCCCUGCGGCUCAACAUGGGCUAUGAGGGACCCCCACAGGGCCUGGAGGACCUGGGGCCAUGUGAUAGGGGCACCAUACAGACAGUGGCGCUGCCGGCCGUGCCCUCCGCUGCCAGCAUGGGUGCCCCCAUGCCAGGGCCUCGCUCUCCUCCGCCGCCCACCCUCAGACCGCCGACUGACGGUCCCAGCAGCGGGCCUUUCCCCCCCGCCGAACGCACGGGGACGCUGAAAUUCGGACGCUAGCAGGAUUGGUCCAGUUGCUGGAAGUGGGCCAAGGGCCUUUUGAUUUGAUGUGACUUUGUUAGGAAGAGGCCGGCGAGCUGGUUAUUCAGUGGGCCCUUGUUUUCAGAACAUGAGUAUUUGAACUGGAGGACAAGACAUUUUUCUAAUUCUGCCUGGAGGGAGUCUGCAUCUGAAACACGCAGUCUCAAUCACAUACAGUCGAGGGUGAGACAUCUUUCCAGAUGAUUUUGAUUUCUUUUUUCAAAACUCCCUAUAUAAAAUACUGUAUCAUGGGAGGUCAUAUGGCAUUAGGACAGAAAAAAAGCAUUACCUUGUUUCCACAUCCGGUCUUGAGGAACCAGUUGACAGCAGUUCACAUGCACGAGUCAGUAGUUAUGGGGAAGUGCAAUAAACACUGGAUUUCAAUCAUGAGAGGGCACUAGAGAAGUUAAACAUAAAGAGAUGGAGUAGGACAUUUCAAGGGGCUUCUUACUGUGAUUAAUAUUAAAAUAUCGAGUCAGUAUUUCAUAAAGACAAGUUGUUCUCUCGAAACAUGUCAAAGGAUGGAUUGAUCCAUUGUCUUACUUUUGUUGUUUCUUUACAUGUGGGACUUCAUACUGUAUUCCAUUAAUGUGCAUGUCAAACCAAAGAGUUUACUUGUAUGUUAACAUGUUGUUUUAUUUUGUUAUUAUAUUUUUAAUGCACAUAAGCUACUUUUGCUGGGACCAUUCUUAAAAUGGCACUACUGCAACAACCUCUACCAACAAACAUUCCCAUUUACAAACAAACCCCCCUGUUGGUUUCAGACGGACCAGGCUCGUCUUAACAGUUUGGCAGAGUAAGCAGACAACAAAUAAGAGAGUGGUAGUGGAAGAGAAAUGUUUAGACAAAUUAAUUAUGAUGAUUGCACUGUCCUCCCAACAUCAAUUUGAACUGAUGACGCUACAAAAUAGCAACACAACACUUGAGAAGUGAUGUAAUGUGGUGUGUUAAUUUCAUGAAUUUCUUCAACAUGGAGGGGGUCCCUUCUCUCAGCAGAAUGGCAGGUCUUUGUGUAUGAUUAUAUCCCAGCUGAAUGACUCACUAUGCUUUAAAGAAGGUCAACCUUGGGGGGGGGGGGGCAAAAUAAGUACAUUUGAAUGCACACAUUUGAAGUAUUGUACAUAUUCUUACAAAAAAAGGUUCACUUUACUGAAGGUCAAACCACUCUCACUGCCCCAAACAUUAGUCAUUUGAAACAUCGCCAUGUCAAUGUCUGACUUUUAUUACAUUGGACCAUGUGGUGAGCACCUUCUUGCUGUGUUGGCAAGGCUCCGGCCAUGUGCUCCCACCGCGCCCCCCUCCCUCCACAGCAGAAAACAACAGUGCCUAGUGGGGGCAUGUUGAACUGGCACGUUGACUUCUCUUUAACCUGCUUACAAACCCAUGGACCACACUGGGAAUAUUGCCUGACAUCAUCUUUUUUUUUACAGAAAGCGUGCCUGCAGUGCUGGACUUUGUUGCACUCGGUGACCCUUUGUCCAUGGCUACUGUUGACUUGUGGAGGUAAUGAGGACAUGAGACACGGCCAUGAUGGCCUGUCGAAUGUGAUCUGCAGCUUUAGCCCAGCAGCACGCCGACUCGUUUCUCACAUGUCAGCAGCCGCACUCUCUGCAGAUGUGGAAACGGUGCAACCGGUUGAUCCACAGAUGAUAUUGCGAGGGGCCAAAAUGCCCCGCCCGUAUCCACAAGAUAAGAGAAAAAAAUAGGGAUAUUUUUUAUUUGUUGUUAUUUUGUCUUUGUGUCUUGGAACAAAAAAUACUUUUUUUUUUAAGUGUUCAAAGAUGAUGUCAAGAAAUUCUAUGAGAGGAAAAAAUCAAAUAGAACUUAUUUAUCGUGUAAAUAGUGAAUCUUUAAAGAUGAAGGAAAAAAAUAUGAAUUUUAAUUCUUCUUAAACACAAAACUGCUUGUGCAAUGAAGAUGAGCCUUAUUCACUUUCCAGUGGGAAUCUGUUACCAAGACAACUCGGUGGAGAGGUUCUGCACUGUAACGUUCUUUUUGUUUCAAUGAUAAAUAUUUUUCUAUCUGCUCCCUCCACUAUUCCACCAUCAAAAAACAAUUAUGUUACUGAAGCUGUUUUUCAAAUCGAUUUGUUUUACCGACUCACAGGAAGGAGGGAAAUAUUGGGAACCCUGUUUUUUAAGAUACACUUCAAGCAUCCAACCUGACAGAGAUCCAGAUUUUCUGUUCUGACAUGUUUUAUGUGGCAGAGGGUGGCCAUAGCGUUCACAUCCCAACCCACGUUUGAGAAUACAUCACUAUGCCAUUUCAAGGUCUACUCAGUGAGAGGAAGUGUGCUAUUCUUUGUGCCAAGAGGUGAAAUUAGAAAGCUCUUUUGUGAUGUGCCAUUAUUGUGUUUGUACCUACAAAUAACAGGUGACCCAACAAGUAUUCAUGUUUUCACAACCAAUUCGGGGGUCGAGUCCCCUCCGUGUACAGGAUAAAUGGAUAAAGAAGCAGUUGAUUUGCUCAGUACGGUUGCUUAAUAGUGGUGGAGUUUACUUUGUAAUAGCAACUGUGCCGAUGUCUUUAUAAUGGGAGCACUCUCAAUUCUAUCCAUGUAUUGUCUUGCCUUGCUCUAUAUCACCCCUGCUAACUCCUUGGCCUGAAUUUGAUGUCUGCCUCCGGGUGACUCGGGUGAACCUGUUUAAUGAUGUUCUAUUUCUGUCUGCAUGCUGAUAUUUUGGGAAAGUAUGUCCAGUUAGGGAGGAGCGUUAAACCGGAGACAAACAGCACAUGAGAAAUUUCCUGUGUGUAGCGCCCUAGAACCAGCAGCACGUGUCACGGACAACUUCACUUUUUUUUUCUCCCUUUUUUAAAGCAACUUGUUUGCUGACCCGUCCCUGACCCUGUCUCGCCGAAAGUACAAUUCACUGGCAUUGCACAGGCUGUUAAACACAUAAAUUGACCUGCUCCGGGCACUCACUCCGGGGAAGGACUCUCCGUUUAAUACUCUCCGGCAAAAAAACGCCCACUACCGCAUACAUAGUAAUUACUUCAUUUUUUUUUUCAACUAUAAUUGUUCAAUUCGGUCUAAACACAAUAAUCAAAGCUAUUUCACCCUUUCUGUGUAAUUAGAAGAUCAUAUUCAAAUCUUUGUUUGUUCAUAAUUAAAUCAACUACUAAUAGCGAUUGAUUAAUCGUGACUACCUCCCUGAUAGGAUCGGAUAUGUUUGCCGGAAUGGCUGAAUCCUGCUGCCACUAAUUAUUUGACAGUCUUUUUUUUUUGCUGUCGUAGAGCUGGAAGCACAGGCCCAGCAUGAUAAUGAUUGCAUGUUUGAGCUAAAUGUCUGCAGCCCACCCAGGCUUUAUUUUCUUCCUCGGGUUUGUUUCUUUAUGGUUUUGAACAAACCAAGCUCUCCCCCCACAAUCCCUGCCCCUUCUGUUUAUUUUUAGGAUCUAAUGGGCACUGAAAACAUUUUGCUUUUCUUUAAAAUAAUAUUUCUUUGGUUGGGGGCUUAUGGAAGGGUGAAUAAAGGUCUGAAAAUUGCAGCAAAAUGCUUAAUAUUUCCGUGCAAAUCUCGGAAGGGAAAGCCAGGGAGACAAGGGGAAGACGCAGACACUCCUUACAAAAAGGGAUGAUAUGGAGGGACAAAUGUGUAUCAUGUAGCACACGCUCAACUGGCGUUUUCUCAACAAUGAUGCUUAAUCGCAUACACGGAUAAACAGAGACUCGCUUUAUUUAUUUAUCUGUUAGCAAGAAACCUUUUUGGUCUUUAAAUGAAGAACAAUCACGCAUAUAAAAUAUAUAAAUCCAAAAUUUGACUGCAAAAUCACACACUCCUAGAUGAAUGAUAAUAAAUGGCUGCAGUUUUUGAAGCUGCCAUCCAUUUCAGAUCACCCAAGGCCAUAUGCGACGGUUCAGCAAGUUCUAAUCCAUUACCUGAUGAAAAUUAAUUCUGAGCCAGACGUGGAGUCGCGCUACACAAUUUUUCUCCCUCUAUCAUACAUCUGUGUCUAACCCACAGGCAGCGUUGGGACAUACCCACAUGGCAUACUGUCAUGAGUCCAGAGAGUCAGCACUUAUACACAGAACAGGGAGGCUAAGCAGAAAAAAAUAAGUUAAUGCUCCCCAUCUGCCACUUCGACUCCUAAUUCGAGUUUCUAUUUUUGUUGGUGUCAUUAGUGUGUGCGUGCAGUCUGCCAAGUGGUAAGGAUGAAUAACGUUGUCAUGCUAAAAGGCAAAGACUGGGAGGAUCGCUAGUGAGUUAGCAUCCCUGCAUGUUCCCAGAUGGCCAAAGUUUGUGUGUGUCUAGCAGCACUUCCUCUACCUCCUCCAAAUCAACGUCCCUAAUAUAGCGAUAUUCAGGCAAUGCCCUGUCUCUAUUGAUGGUUAUUGUUCCAUGAUUACCAUGAGCAGUCUUUCACCUCUGACCUGCAUUGUCCUUCCUCUGUUAUUGUGCCAUUGGUUGUGUGAGAGGGGAAAUGGGGAAGGCAGGAUCAUUAACCUCUGUCAGGGAAACACACAUUAAUUUUUUUUUUCUUCCCAAAAAAGCCCAGUUUACACCCCUAAUAGGAUUUAAUGUAAGCACUGAAGAAAGAAAGGAUUUUUUUCAUAUGGGCUGUGUUGUACUGCUGCUUUUGGUUUGAGAUUGCAGGAAGACAGACAGCAGAGAAAGGCAGCUAGAAAGCAAUAGCAGAGAAGUCUAGUCUUUGCUUCCUUGGUUCAAAGUCCUCUAUUUCCUUUUGGGGGUUUUUGCUGAUACUUAGAUGCUUUUCACAUAAUACCAGGGGAGGCCCACUGUCUCCUUUUCGUCAAUCUCUUGCAGGAUGCAUUGCUUUCUCUAGAUGUAAAUAUGCGCUGCAUUGUUUUCUUUGGUAGUUGUUUUUGUUGUUCAAUUAUUUUAUUUUUUUUGUUAAUCCUAUUUGGAUAUAUAUUCUUUUUACUGUAUUCAGACCUAAAGCAUUUUUGUGGAGACCUGGUCCAAGCGAAAAAUAUGGCUCUUCUUUGAGUAUAUUAUUGUCAGAAAAUAUUUUGUAAAAAUUUUGAUGAUGAUAUCAGAAAUAAACAUCUAAAGAUGGGA